AUGUACCCCCUCCAUCUCCUGCCUCUCCUCAUCGCCCUCCUCCCCGCCCCAAUCCUCACCACCCCCAUAACCCGAUCAACACCAACAACCUGCAACGGCAACCCAGCCUAUUGCUCCCGCCUCUACUCCAACAUCACCUACCUAGCCGCCCACGACAGUCCCUUCGUCGGCCCCCUCCCGCAACAAAACCAGAACCUCGCGGUGACAGACCAACUAGACCUCGGCAUCCGCUUCCUACAGGGCCAGACACACAAGAGCCUCGACGAAAGCGACAAUGCGCUCCGGCUAUGCCAUACAUCCUGUCUGCUCGAGGACGCGGGAACCUUGCAGUCGUUCCUGGAGACGGUGAAGGGGUGGCUGGAUGCGCACCCGGAGGAGGUCGUCACCCUGCUCUUGACGAACGGGGAUAGUGUGCCCGUGGCGCGAUUCGAUGAGGCUUUUGCGGGGGCCGGGUUGAGGGAGUAUGCGUUUGUGCCGGAGGGGAGUCCGGGGGUGUUGGCGAUGGAUGCGUGGCCGACCUUGGGAGCGUUGAUUGAGAAGGGGACGAGGCUGGUGGUGUUUCUGGAUUACGGCGCCGAUGUCACUUCCACCCCGUAUAUCCUCAAUGAAUUCUCGUACUUCGCCGAGACACCGUUCGACGUGACGGACCCGACCUUCCCGGAUUGCAGCAUCGAUCGUCCGUCCGGUGCCUCGGUUGAUGGGCGCAUGUAUAUCGUCAAUCAUUUCUUGGACGUCGACAUCCUGGGCAUCCUGGUCCCGGAUCGCUUGCGGGCACCCCAGACCAAUGCCGUGUCCGGUAGUGGCAGUAUUGGCGCGCAGAGCGCAUUGUGCAGCUCUCUCUAUGGUCGAAAGCCCAACGUUGUCCUGGUGGAUUUCGUCGAUCAAGGUCAAGUCAUGAAAGCACAGGACGCUCUGAAUGGCGUCUGA